CGAAAAGCGAAGAGCCCCGCCCACCUGCCCGGGGUUGCCAUGGCGCCUCCUUCGCGCUUCGCCGGGCCUAGCCGCCUGGCCCGGGUCUCCCGCUGCGUCUCCUUCAGCGCCUCCCACCGGCUGCACAGUAACUUGCUGAGUGAUGAAGAAAACAAGAAACUUUUUGGGAAAUGCAAUAACCCUAAUGGACAUGGGCACAACUACAAAGUGGAAGUAACUGUACGCGGAGAGAUUGAUCCUACUACUGGGAUGGUGAUCAACCUCACAGAUCUGAAAGACUACAUGGAGGAAGCUAUCAUGGAGCCUCUUGAUCACAAGAAUCUGGAUAAAGAUGUUCCCUACUUUGCUGAAGUCGUAAGCACCACAGAGAAUGUUGCUGUGUACAUCUGGGAAAACCUCCAGAAGCACCUUCCUAAGGGGACUCUUUAUAAAGUUAAAGUGUAUGAAACAGACAAGAACAUUGUUGUUUACAAGGGAGAGGGGACCGUUCCAGAGAAAUGAAGAUGCCUUUGUCUUGAUGCCUUUGAUCUAGUGCUGGUGAAAGAACCCAAUCAACCGGAGGAUUAAUGAGCUUUAUCUGCUAAGUGUAGCCAUGAGAAAUCUAGAAUGUAUCUUAUUUGUUAAAGAUAUGCUAUAACAGAAAGACAGCAAGGCUUUUGUGAAGGAA